AUGACCACCACCCUCACGGCCCUGCUCUGCAUUGGGCUGAUUCUGGGUCCCAAGACCCCAGCAAAGGCAGGUACCCUGCCCAAACCCAGGCUCUGGGCUGAGCCAGGAUCUGUGAUACCACUAGGAGAAGCAGUGACCUUCUGGUGUGAAGAGACUCCAGGGGCCCACGAAUAUGUACUGUACAAAGAGGGAAGCCGAUCGAUCUGGAGAAGACAAACGUCAAUGCAACUCAAGGAUGUGGCCAAAUUCUCCAUCCUAUCUGUGAAACAGCACCAUGCAGGGCAAUAUCGCUGUUACUACCAAGCCCCCUCUGGCCAGUCAGAGCACAGUGAUUCCCUGGAGCUGCUGGUAACAGGUUUCUACAGCAAACCCAGCCUCUCAGCCCUACGGAGCCCUGUGGUGGACUCAGGAGGGAAUGUGACCCUUCAGUGUCAGGCACAGCUGGUAUUUGACCAGUUCAUUCUGACUAAGGAAGGAGGAGACAAGCUCUCCUGGACUCUGGACUCACAGCAAUACCCUAGUGGGCAGGCCUACGCCCUGUUCCCUGUGGGUCCUGUAACCCCCAGGCAGAGGUGGACAUUCCGUUGUUAUGGCUCUUACAAUAUAGAACCAAACAUGUUGUCAGAGCCCAGUGAUGCCCUGGAGCUGCUUGUAUCAGUGCUGUCCAGGAAGUACUCUCUUCUGACCCAGAAGGGCCCUGUGUGGCAGCCUGGGCACAACCUGACCCUCAGGUUUUGCUCUGACCCCGGCUAUUUCAGAUUCACUCUGUCUAACAAAGGGGAAGACAUUCUCACACAGUGCCCUGGCCAGCAGGCCCAGACUGGGCACAUUUAG